CAGUGUUCUCCUCAUCCUCCUCUUCAUUGUCAUCAACAAAUAUGGCCGAUGCAACAAGUUUGGAAUGAAGGGUAAGUCAUAGUACACUACAUAGCUUGUUAAAUGUCAGCCCAGUCAAAACUGUUCGCUGCUCUGGCAACCCAAUGGUGGAACAAGCUCCCUCACAACGCCAGGACAGCGGAGUCACUCACCACCUUCCGGAGACACUUGAAACCCCACCUCUUUAAGGAAUACCUGGGAUAGGAUAAAGUAAUCAUUCUACCCCCCCUUACCCCACCCCAAAGGAAAAAAAAAUAUUGUAAAGUGGUUGUCCCACUGUCUAUCAUAAGGUGAAUGCACCAAUUUGUAAGUCGCUCUGGAUAAGAGCAUCUGCUAAAUGACGAAAAUGUAAAUGUAAAAUAGUUCACUACAUAGGACACUACAUAGUACACUACAUGGCCAGCAGGAUGUGGACACCUGCUCCUCCAACAUCUCAUUCCAAAAUCACAUCCAUUAAUAUGGAGUUGGUCCCCCCCUUUGCUGCUAUAACAGCCUCCACUCUUCUGGGAAGGCUUUCCACUAGAUGUUGGAACAUUGCUGAGGGGACUUGCUUCCAUUCAGCCACAAGAGCAUUAGUGAGGUCGGGCACUGAUGUUGGGCGAUUAUGCCUGGAUCGCAGUGUGCGUUCCAAUUCAUCCCAAAGGUGUUCGAUGGGGUUGAGGUCAGGGCUCUGUGCAUGCCAGUCAAGUUCUUCCACACCGAUCUCAACAAACCAUUUCUGUAUGGACCUUGCUUUGUGCACGGGGGCAUUGUCAUGCCGAAACAGGAAAGGGCCUUCCCCAAACUGUUGCCACAAAGUUGGAAGCACAGAAUCGUCUAGAAUGUCAUAGUAUGCUGUAGCGUUAAGAUUUCCCUUCACUGGAACUAAGGGGCCUAGCCCGAACCAUGAAAAACAGCCCCAGAACAUUAUUCCUCCUCCACCAAACGUUACAGUUGGCACUAUGCAUUCGGGCAGGUAGCGUUCUCCUGGCAUCCGCCAAACCCAGAUUUGUCCGUUGUGUGCGGCUGCUCGGCCAUGGAAACCCAUUUCAUGAAGCUCCCUACGAACAGUUAUUGUGCUGACAUUGCUUCCAGAGGCAGUCUGGAACUCGAUAGUGAGUGUUGCAACCGAGGACAAACUAUUUUCAGCACUCGGUGGUCCAGUUCUGUGAGCUUGUGUGGCCUACCACCUCGCGGCUGAGCCGUUGUUGCUCCUAGACGUUUCCACUCUAGCAGGGCAGAAGUUUGACGAAUUGACUUGUUAGAAAGGCAGCAUCCUAUGACGGUGCCACGUUGAAAGUCACUGAGCUCUUCAGUAAGGCCAUUCUACUGCCAAUGUUUGUCUAUGGAGAUUGCAUGGCUGUGCGCUCGAUUUUAUACACCUGUCAGCAACAGUUGUGGCUGAAAUAGCCAAAUCCACUAAUUUGAAGGGGUGUUCACAUACUUUUGUAAAUAUAGUGUAUAUCCAAUGAGCUUCCCUCCCCAGGCAGCAGACAACUGUGGGUCACAUCUGGUUAGUUGGUGGUACAUGUAUGGAUCAGUGUUGGCAUAGCAACACAUCAUAUGGGCUAGAUCUGGUUGGUUGGUGGUACAUGUAUGGAUCAGUGUUGGCACAGCAACACAUCAUAUGGGCUAGAUCUGGUUGGUUGGUGGUACAUGUAUGGAUCAGUGUUGGCAUAGCAACACAUCAUAUGGGCUAGAUCUGGUUGGUUGGUGGUACAUGUAUGGAUCAGUGUUGGCACAGCAACACAUCAUAUGGGCUGGAUCUGGUUGGUUGGUGGUACAUGUAUGGAUCAGUGUUGGCAUAGCAACACAUCAUAUGGGCUGGAUCUGGUUGGUUGGUGGUACAUGUAUGGAUCAGUGUUGGCAUAGCAACACAUCAUAUGGGCUAGAUCUGGUUGGUUGGUGGUACAUGUAUGGAUCAGUGUUGGCAUAGCAACACAUCAUAUGGGCUAGAUCUGGUUGGUUGGUGGUACAUGUAUGGAUCAGUGUUGGCAUAGCAACACAUCAUAUGGGCUAGAUCUGGUUGGUUGGUGGUACAUGUAUGGAUCAGUGUUGGCAUAGCAACACAUCAUAUGGGCUGGAUCUGGUUGGUUGGUGGUACAUGUAUGGAUCAGUGUUGGCAUAGCAACACAUCAUAUGGGCUGGAUCUGGUUGGUUGGUGGUACAUGUAUGGAUCAGUGUUGGCAUAGCAACACAUCAUAUGGGCUAGAUCUGGUUGGUUGGUGGUACAUGUAUGGAUCAGUGUUGGCAUAGCAACACAUCAUAUGGGCUAGAUCUGGUUGGUUGGUGGUACAUGUAUGGAUCAGUGUUGGCAUAGCAACACAUCAUAUGGGCUAGAUCUGGUCAGAAGGUUGGGCCAAGUCUGACUAGAGGUAUGUGGCCCAAGCAGGUUCCCAUAGUGCUGGGCCAGUUCAGCAGGUUCCCAUAGUGCUGGGCCAGUUCAGCAGGUUCCCAUAGUGCUGGGCCAGUUCAGCAGGUUCCCAUAGUGCUGGCCAUCAGCAGGUUCCCAUAGUGCUGGGCCAGUUCAGCAGGUUCCCAUAGUGCUGGGCCAGUUCAGCAGGUUCCCAUAGUGCUGGGCCAGUUCAGCAGGUUCCCAUAGUGCUGGGCCAGUUCAGCAGGUUCCCAUAGUGCUGGGCCAGUUCAGCAGGUUCCCAUAGUGCUGGGCCAGUUCAGCAGGUUCCCAUAGUGCUGGGCCAGUUCAGCAGGUUCCCAUAGUGCUGGGCCAGUUCAGCAGGUUCCCAUAGUGCUGGGCCAGUUCAGCAGGUUCCCAUAGUGCUGGGCCAGUUCAGCAGGUUCCCAUAGUGCUGGGCCAGUUCAGCAGGUUCCCAUAGUGCUGGGCCAGUUCAGCAGGUUCCCAUAGUGCUGGGCCAGUUCAGCAGGUUCCCAUAGUGCUGGGCCAGUUCAGCAGGUUCCCAUAGUGCUGGGCCAGUUCAGCAGGUUCCCAUAGUGCUGGGCCAGUUCAGCAGGUUCCCAUAGUGCUGGGCCAGUUCAGCAGGUUCCCAUAGUGCUGGGCCAGUUCAGCAGGUUCCCAUAGUUGGGCCGUUCGCGUUCCAUAUGCUGGCCAGUUCAGCAGGUUCCCAUAGUGCUGGCCAGUUCAGCAGGUUCCCAUAGUGCUGGGCCAGUUCAGCAGGUUCCCAUAGUGCUGGGCCAGUUCAGCAGGUUCCCAUAG